CUCCCUUGUUGCAAACAUGCUGUUCUUCAGCUUUUUCAAGACGCUCGUUGACUCCGAGAUCACUGUCGAACUCAAGAACGAAGUGUGCAUACGCGGGACGCUGAAGAGCGUGGAUCAGUAUCUGAACAUCAAGUUGGACAAUGCAGAGGCAACAGACGAGCUCAGGUGGCCACAUCUGUGCUCCACCAAAGACAUGUUCAUUCGAGGCUCCGUCGUUCGAUACGUACACCUGCCCAGCGGUGCCGUCGACACAGCAUUACUAGAGGAUGCGACCAGGAGAGAGGCCGAAUCGGCAAAGAACAAGGCGAAGUGAGAUGUUGAUGGUACUUGGAUAAACUAGCGUAAGUCAUGGCGUCCGCCGCCUGGCAACAAAGAAGAAAGACAGAAGCAGAGAAUCGACACUACCAAUGACUGGAUUUGAGCAGUCAGGGAAGAAGAGCGAACCGUGGUCACACCACUAUCACUCGCCAUAAAGAGUGAUGACGGCCAAGUGUCGACGCCUCAGUUGAGCAUGAAAUAUACCCAAUGAACAAUAGUCGCU